AGAUUGAUAAAUAUAUCAAUAAUGACGGAUAAAUCAGAUUUAUUACGUCGUUCGAAACGUAAAAAAUUUUAUUUAAAUGUUGCUGCAAUGUUAUCAGCAAAUUCUGAGCGUAAACGAAAUCAGCAUAUUUCAUCGAUAAGAGCCACCACGGAUUAUCAGUCGGCCGCAAUAAAUGAACAAUCAACAACAACAACAGCAGCAUCGGCGACAACAACGACGACAAUACAUCGUGUAAAUUCUCAAUUAAAAAAACGUCGAAAAAGAAGGCGAAAAUCUAUGAAAAUCGAAAAGGAAACGAUAGAAAAUUUACAAAAAUUUGAUUCAAAAAAUUUAAAAAUGAAUAAUAAAUCAUUAUCCAGGCUAAUGAAUAAUAAAUUAUCAUCACCUAUUAUUGGUUCCAUUGAAAUAGCGCCAACAAUUAGUUCAAUAAUUGCAAAAUUAGCUAAAGAGAAUAAUGAUAUGAAAUGUCUAAUAAAGCCUAACGCGGAAACGAUAUCAACGACAAGUUCAACAACUACUACGAGUACCAAUUCAUCCAGUAUUUCACCAAUUAUUAGUUCAUCACCAAAUCAUCAAAUAAAUCAUUCAUCGGAAACGAAUCCAAUAAUUUCUCAACCAUCAUUAGUCAAUGAUCAUCAUUCUUCUGUUAAUGUUUCAGUUGUUUCCUCAUAUAUUGAAUCAUUUCUUCAUGUUAAUAAAGUCGAUAAACGAUCCAAAAAGAUUACCAAAAAAUCUAUUUCGAAGAAAACAUCGGCUUUAAAAUCAGAUUCAAUUGUAAAGCGUAUAGGCAAAAUAAAACUGAAGAGAAAAUUCGCAAUUAAUGGUAAAAUCGGUAUGGUACAUUUGCAGAAUGGUAGAUUAGAUGAAAUUAAGGAUGAAAAUAUUGAAAAAUCUCCUGAAGAAGAAAUAUCGAAUGAAGAAUUAGCGAUUACAGUUAAAGAUAAAAUUGAUAAAGAUAGAAUUGAGGCAGAAUUCGAAUGGGUUAAGGAUGAAAAAGAAAUCUGUGGUACCGAAAUUGUCACAGGUGAAAAAAUAGGAGAGAAUCAAGCAGAAAAAGAAAGAGAAAUAGCGAUAGGAAUUGAAAAAGAGGAAGGUACUGAAACAGAGGAUGGUACCGAUCGAGAAGAGGAUUUCGUGAAGAAAAAUCGAAUUUCUGAAAAAUUAACGAAGAAACGUGAAAGGAAAGCACCACUACGUCACGGUGAUUAUAUUCCCGAUGAAGAAAUCGAUCCUCCGCAAAAAGAGCACCGUAAAGAGAUUGGUGAGAAAUUCUAUUGUGCUAGUUGUCCAGCAAGUUACACUUCACGAACUGGCCUAGCUAAUCAUCGAAAACAACACGGCAGUGAUAAGGAAUUUGUAUGUAAAGAAUGCGAUUUCAGUUGUAAGAACCAAAAGACAUUGCGUGUUCACGAACUCGUUCACGUACCUCCAAUUGUUGAAAUUACAACGAAUGCAGCGACAUUGGUUAAACCGUUAAUUUCGUCUCCACAUCAAACAGAGCAGUCAAAUACAAUAAGAGAAGAAGCGUUGAAUUUAAACCUGUCCGAAUCAAAAGAUAACAAUGAUAAUGAAGUGAAAAAAGAUGCAACGAUUGAUAAUCGAAAAGAGCCAAGUGAAUUUGUGAAACGUUUGAGAAAUGAGCUGAAUAAUAACGAUUUUCAUCAAAGAACUAUUAAACGAAUAAAGAAGAAAUUUAUGAAACGUCUUCGUGAUAAAUAUCCAAAAUACAUAAAUAUUCGUUAUGGUCGAUGCUUUUCAACAAUCGGUCAAUACUAUUUAAAUUAUGUACUUCAUCGUAAAGAAUUCAAACGAUCACAAUCAUUGCUGAAUGUUUGGCAAAAAUACACUAAUCAUAAUGAAACUGAAACUGAAAAACAUAAAGAGGAAAUCACAGAAGACGUUAUCAGUGAACCGUUAAAACCUAGAAAUGGUAAUCAUCGCUGCAGUCAUUGUCCUUAUACGACUGAUAAAAAAUCAAGAUUAGCUCGACAUGAAAACAAACAUAUUGUUCAAGCUGAACAUAAGAUUACAUCGGUUGGCAACAGGCGAAUAUCAGUGCUCGUAAGUAUUGAGAUUAUUGAAAUUGUUAUGGUAUCCUUUUUAUUAUUGUCAUGUGAAGAUUUUGCUGAAAUGGCACAUGGUUCAUCCUUCUUUAAGUGCAAUUUCAGGUUAUGUCCUUAUAAAUGUAAUACAUAUGCUAAAAGUUAUCGCCAUAAUAAAAAGCACCAAAAACGUUCCCGAUAUAUCUGUGAGCAAUGUACAUUUAGUGUGGGAUCAGCAUAUCGUCUUGAAGAACAUAAAGCUCUUCAUGCAACUGAUCCUUCGACUAGUAAUGAUAAAUAUGAGAAUAUGCAAUCAGCGUGUAAUCAUCAAAUCGUUGCGAAAAAAGACGAAGCACAAAUUGACGAAAAUACUUCUCAAAAUUUGCCGUUUACUGAAUCCGUUGAUGGCGCUGAUGAUGGUGAUGAUGACGUACUCGGCGAAAGACCUAAAUCCAGAUUAGAUUAUCAUCAACCCACUUUUUUAUUGCCUCCACCGCCUCGGCCAUUUCUUUUUUCAACAAAGGAAGAAUACGAAUGCGUUCAUUGUCCUUUCUCUACGGAUUGCGAAAAAAUAUACGAAAUUCACAAAUCCUUACACGAUGGUCAAAAUCGACAUUUUUCGUGUCAUAUUUGUACAUUUAGCUGUAAUAUGCCUGUAAAUCUUUAUGAUCAUCUCACUUUACAUUUUAUGGAUUAUGGUUUUGCUUUUGGGAAACUAUGUUCAGCUGAUAAUGAACGACAGCGACAUCCAACAUCAUCGGAUAUAAAAAUGGAUCCCAUUCAAUCAUUUAUGCGAUAUUUUAUCACAAAUGAUAAUAGUGUUAAUGAAGAAUUGCAAUGUAAAAUUUGCUCAUUUCGAACAGCUGAUCGUAAACUUUUUUAUAUACAUCAGUAUAAACAUUCAUCGGCGAUUCAGAGGAGACUUAUGACAAAAAUAAAACGGGAGCCGUUGACAGUUGAUGGAACUCAACGAAAAUAUAAGAGGAAGGCUGAUCCUUAUUCCAAAAAGUAUUGUUGCUCGAUUUGUUCCUUUUAUUGUGAUACAAUAACGAUAUUCAAUUUGCAUUAUGAAAUGCACGGACGAAAUGGCAUUUAUACUUGUCACUUAUGUAAUUAUUCGGAUAAUACAGCAGUUAGAGUGAGAUUUCAUGAAGAAAAUCAUCAUCAUAAGGAAUCAUUAAUGCAUUUUCUUAAGGAUGCUGUUUUUCGACCAGAAAUUUCAAGGGUGAAAAAUAUAAAUGAUCUUUUGGAAGGAAAUCAUUUAAUAAAAGAAUCUUGUCAAGAAAUCAAAUGUAAUAUAUGUUCAUAUAAAACAUAUAGUGUGCUUGAAUUUUCAAAUCAUUGGUCGAAUGUUCAUGAAAAAUUUGAUCGAACGGCUACUCGAGAAGAAUUACAACGCUGUCAAGAAUUUCAUAUGAAUAUUUUUCCAGCUAAUUCAGUUAUCUUCAAAUCACAUUAA